AACCUUUGCUAUGUUAGCCACCAGGAGCCUCUCAGCCUGAGCUAGCGAAUAAAACCAACAGUUUCCCGUUUGGUAAAAUGACAGUUUGUACAGGAAAAUAACGACAGCGCCCUCUUUGCAAAGUCCGCAGCGUUUGGAUUAUUUGCUUUCUGUCCGUGUUUGAUUUUAAAACGAGGUGCGGACACCUCCUUGCUUGGGCUCCAGAGCAGUAAAAGCACCGACUCCAGCAGAUCCAGAAAAUGUUAAAGAAAUGAUAGCAGCGCAGGAUUUGCACACAGAGUUUCAAUUUCCUCAAGAGGCAGAAUCUCAGUUGUCUUUAGAUACUGACCUUGAGGAUCCUGAUGGCAAAAAUGCAAGGACAGGAAAGGGCUUGGCAGCCAAGAAAGGCAAGAAGGCGUUUGGAGACAAAGGUGGGGCAGCGGGGAGGACCCCUGGUCCUGGCAGGGUGAAUGGCCAUCAUCGGGAGAACGGGAUGGAGAACAUGACCCUGUUUGAGGUGGUUAAAAUGGGGAAGAGUGCCACACAGUCUAUUGUUGACGACUGGAUCGAGGCUUACAAACAGGACAGGGACGUCGCUCUCUUGGACUUAAUCAACUUCUUCAUCCAGUGCUCUGGCUGCAGAGGUGGUGUGAGCGGAGAUAUGUUCAGACAUAUGCAGAACUCCGAAAUCAUCCGGAAAAUGACAGAGGAGUUUGAUGAGGACAGCGGUGACUACCCGUUAACGAUGUCAGGACCACUGUGGAAAAAAUUCAGGAUAAGCUUCUGCGACUUCAUUGCGGUUCUGGUCCGUCAGUGUCAGUACAGCAUCAUCUACGACGAGUAUAUGAUGGACACACUCAUCUCGCUGCUCACCGGCCUGUCGGACUCUCAGGUCCGGGCCUUCAGACACACGAGCACACUAGCAGCCAUGAAGUUGAUGACGGCCUUGGUGAACGUCGCUCUCAACCUGAGCAUCAACAUGGACAACACGCAGAGACAAUAUGAGGCAGAGAGGAACAAGGUCAUUGCAAAAAGGGCCAAUGAUCGGCUGGAGCUCCUGUUACAGAAGCGUAAAGAGCUUCAAGAAAAUCAAGAUGAAAUUGAAAACAUGAUGAAUGCAAUUUUCAAAGGAGUGUUUGUUCACAGAUAUCGUGAUGCCAUUGCUGAGAUCCGAGCUAUUUGUAUUGAGGAGAUCGGUGUGUGGAUGAAGCUGUACAGUGAUGCCUUCCUCAAUGACAGCUACCUGAAAUAUGUUGGCUGGACAAUGCAUGACAAGCAAGGUGAGGUGCGCCUGAAGUGCCUGACCUCCCUGCAGAGCCUCUUCUACAACAGAGAGCUCGGAGCACGACUGGAGCUCUUCACGAGUCGCUUCAAGGACCGCAUUGUUUCUAUGACUCUGGACAAAGAAUAUGAUGUUGCGGUACAAGCCAUUAAACUUCUGACCCUUGUCUUGCAGAGUAGUGAUGAGGUUCUGACAGCAGAGGACUGUGAGAGUGUUUAUCAUCUGGUUUACUCAGCACAUCGACCCAUCGCUGUUUCAGCAGGAGAGUUUCUGUUUAAGAAGCUCUUCAGCCAUCGAGGUCCUGAGGAGGAAGGACUCCCGAGGAGGGGCAGGCAGAGCCUCAAUGGCAGCCUGAUCAAGACCACCGUCUUCUUCUUCUUGGAGAGUGAGCUCCAUGAACACGGGGCCUACUUGGUGGAUAGCUUGUGGGAGUGUGCGUCAGAGCUGCUGAAGGACUGGGAGACCAUGAUCAGCCUGCUGCUGGACGAGCCGGUACCAGGAGAGGAGGCCCUGACUGAUCGCCAAGAGACAGCUCUGGUUGAAAUCAUGCUUUGUGCCAUUCGCCAGGCGUGUGAAUGCCACCCUCCAGUGGGCAGAGCCACCGGGAAGAGGGUCCUGAGUGCAAAGGAGAAGAAAACCCAGCUGGAUGACCGGACACGGAUCACAGAGAUGUUUGCAGUUGCGUUGCCUCUGUUAUUGGCCAAAUACUGCGUUGACAUCGAUAAGGUGACCAAUUUGCUACAAAUACCAAAGUACUUCGAUCUUGACAUCUACACAACUGGCCGGUUGGAAAAGCAUUUGGAUGCCUUGUUGCGGCAAAUCUGGGAGGUCCAGGACAAGCACACAGACACGGAGGUCCUGGAGGCCUGCUCCACCACCUACCACUCUCUCUGCAACGAAGAGUUCACCAUCUACAACCGCGUGGACAUCGCCCGCUCUCAGCUGCUUGAUGAACUCGUGGACAAGUUCAACAGACUCCUGGAGGACUUCCUGCAAGAGGGUGAAGAACCAGAUGAGGAUGAUGCCUACCAGGUUCUGUCUACACUCAAGAAAAUCAGCGCUUUCCACAAUGCACAUGACCUCUCAAAGUGGGAUCUCUUCACCAGCAACUACAGGCUUCUCAACACAGGUCUGCAGAACGGGGAUAUGCCUGAACAGAUUGUGAUUCACUCAAUGCAGUGCACACAUUACGUCAUCCUGUGGCAUCUGGCGAAGGCUUCAGAUGGAAGUUCAUUAAAGGGCGACAUGGUGACAUUAAGAAAGCAAAUGAGAGCUUUCUGCUUAAUGUGUCAGCGUUACCUCAACAGCAUCAACAACUCAGUUAAAGAGCAGGCCUUCACCAUACUAUGUGAUCUGCUAUUGAUCUUCAGUCACCAAAUUAUGUCUUCAGGCCGGGAGCAACUGGAGCCUCUGGUCUAUACGCCAGACUCUUCUUUGCAGUCAGAUCUGCUCAACUUCAUUCUGGAUCAAGUGUUCAUUGAUCAGGAUGAUGACAACAACAGCACAGACGGACAGCAGGAUGAAGAAGCCAGUAAAAUUGAGGCUUUGCACAAGCGAAGGAACCUUCUGGCUGCCUAUUGCAAAUUAAUCAUUUACAAUGUGGUGGAAAUGAACACUGGAGCAGAUAUAUUUAAACAGUAUAUGAGGUAUUACAACGACUACGGAGAUAUCAUCAAGGAAACAAUGAGUAAAACGAGACAAAUCGACAAAACACAAUGUGCAAAGACGCUUGUGUUGAGCCUGCAAAUGUUAUUCAAUGACAUGCUGUCUGAACAUGGCUUCACUGUCGACCGCUCAACUUCUUCCUUCUGUGGCAUCAAAGAGCUCGCCCGUCGCUUCUCGUUGACUUUUGGCUUGGACCAGAUGAAGACCAGAGAGGCUAUCGCCAUGUUGCAUAAGGAUGGAAUCGAGUUUGCUUUUAAGGAUCCUAGUCCCCAAGGACUGGGGAACCCGCCUCUCAAUCUGGCUUUUUUGGAUAUCCUGAGCGAGUUCUCCAGCAAACUGAUUCGGCAGGACAAGAGAUCAGUGCACAUGUACCUGGAGCGGUUCAUGACGGUUCAGAUGGCGCUGCAGCGAGACGACUGCUGGCUGCCGCUCAUCUCAUACAGGAACUCGCUGCAGGCUGGAGGGGACGACGACACCAUGUCUGUCCUCAGUGGGAUCAGCAGUCGAGGGUCCACCAGGAGUAAGAAGACCAAGCCAGCGGCUGCUGCCAAAAGGAAAUUGCCUGACGCAGAAGAGAACAGCUGCAGCAGCAGUGAUGCAGUUUGGAUGAACCGCGAGCAGAACGUGCAGACGCCGGUGAUGAUGCACUCGCCACACCUCACCUCGACAGUACUGAGGGAUCCAAAGAAGCUGAGGCCAGAGGAAAGCUACGCGGCUGCAUUCACCAUGCCGACGGAGCAGCAACCCCAUCAGCCCGCACCGCCACAGCAGCAGCACCAUCACCACCAGGCUGCUAUUGAUUACAAUACCCAGGUCACCUGGAUGUUGACACAGAGGCAACAAGCUGAGGCCCGUCAGCAGCAGGAGCGAGUUAGCAUGCACUACGCCAAGAUGAGGAACCACAUGCAGCAGGCGAUUCGUCGAGGCUCAGGACUCAUGGAGGACGACGAGGAGCCAAUAGUGGAGGAUGUGAUGAUGUCAUCAGAGGACCGCUUAGAGGACAUCAACGAGGGCAUGGACUUUGACACAAUGGACAUCGACUUGCCGGCAUCAAAGAAUCGCAGAGAGAGAACUGAACUGAAGCCGGACUACUUUGAUCCGUCUUCCAUCAUGGAUGAUUCGGUUCUCAAUGUUCCAAUGUUCUAAAGCAAACGGGAUGCAUCCAGGAUAAUGUGUUAUGAAAAUCCUUGGAAGAUGAGAUGGACGACUGUUCUCUGUGAAAAUCAGAAUGGAGCAAAAUGGACUGCUAUAUAUGUUUCGUGAGACACCAAUGUUUGCCUCUUUAACACUUUGUUAAAACUCAAGGGCGAGAGCUUGAAUUUGAAUUUUAUUCUGAUAUUUUCACACACACACAGGACGUUUGUCACACUGCAGCAGCGGUUUGUUUUUGCUCAGUUACCCUAAAAAACAACUUGAUGUUCGCUUAUAUCGCUAAUGUGGCAGGUGCAUGGUGAGGGGACAAUAGCAGACUGAAAUUCAAAUUAAUAAUAUAUACCUUUAAUCUUUUUUCAUUCAGUAGACAAAAAUUGUCUGAUGUAAAUACAUAGUGGCCAAUAUACAGGAGGGGUGAACACAAUUUCAUGAACACCGGUGGAUAGAACUACAAUAGCCCUGCAAAAUAAUGCUCCCUUUGUUCUGCUUGUGGUGUUCAGUUGUUGUUCGACACUAAAAUGACACUGCACUUUGUCACAGAGGUAUUAAUUAAAGUCUAUGGUUAUUUUGCAGCCAUAUUUUUUAGAAAUUAUCGUAGGAUCCAAUCAAUGCCUCUUUGAUUCAAUCUAAACAGAAAUUGUACCUCAUGAGCUUCAUAAAGACGGCAUGUUUUGCAGGGCUAUUAAAUUGGACUGCACUGCAUUGUUAAGGUGUCAGUGAUAUUGCGUUUACCUGCUAUACUUUUAAACUGUAGACUUUGGCAUGGCAUGUAGCCAUAUAUCGAAACAUGUACACAGUAAAGUAUAAUGUGAACUGGCGUCUCAUACUGUUCAAAGGCCUUGCCAGAAAUGAUAUACGACAUUCUCAGAUUUCUUUGUGAUGGUAUUUUUUAGAAAUGUAUGUGUUCUGCUUUUAUACCUUAUAGAUGACUUUGAUUUAUAGAUAUUUUGUAAUGACAAUCAAAUGUAAAGUAAUGGUUUCUAAUCAUGUUAUUUCACAUAGAUGCUGAAAUAAUCCUUUUUGAUGAAAAUGAUUAUGUUACUUAUAGAAAUGGCCAGCUGUUUGUAUUUUCUUUCAACCUCUCUAUAACAAAUGAGUGCAAAAGUAAUGCAUUGCUCAAAUGUAGUAAUUUGACAAAUUGAUGGCUGCAUCUAAAGUUAUUUUUUAAUAUUGGGAGCAUUCACAGUGUCAUACAUAAAGUUUUAACUCAACCUUAGACAUGUAAUCUCGCCUAUAUCCUGACUAUUUUUCUCUGCUGUAUAGUAUCUAAUAACAUCGAAUAAAACAGACAUGCCAUAGUUGCAAUUUUUAAAAGAAAGGAUUUGAAAAUGGUUGGUAAAGUUGUGUGUUGUUUGUUUUGGGGUUGUUUUUUUCCAGUUUGCAAGUGUGCAGAAGAUUUAUUUGACGAGCCACUGUUGCGUGUAUAAGACAUAUAGAGCUAUUCUAAAUUACAAAGUUUUAGAAUUCUUUAGUCAACUAUCAUAGUAUCAGAAUUGUAUAUUAUACAAUUACAGAUGUGUAAUAUAUUGUGAAUCGGUGCUCAUUUUAUAAAGGCUUUUUCUGUUUGCUUAAAAUUUUAGGGAAAGGUUAAAUAGAAUUUUAAGUUAACCCACUAAUUUGCAAGUAUAAAUAUAGUACAUUGUUUUGUUUGUCUUUUAUGGACUGUUGCCAUAUUUCUUUACCUCUUUGUAUUGGCCUGGUUGGCAGAUUCAGAUUUGAUGGAAAAUGUGUAUUCAUAUUGUAGUUAGAAAGAAACCCCUGAUUUCCUCAGAAUCUCACUAUAAACUGGAGAAACUGACCACACGGUCUUGAAUAUUACCAUAUACAUUACUGACUAUUUGUAUGAGGCAGAUGAGAAAAACAUCUUAGAAUUGCCUGUAAAUUCACAUUAAUCCUGUCAUUUGAAUCUUUCCUGUUUUGCAUUGAACUGCUGAAAACGUGCAUACAGCUGUAUGUUUACACAUAUUUAAAUAUUUGUGUAUAUUAAAUUUGUGUUUUUAUUCUA